UGGCUCUGUUAAAAAGCUCUGAGCCGCUUCGCCUCCAAUUCAUUGUGUGGCACAUCCGUUACAAAGGCUGCAGGAACCAUGAGCCGCAAAGUCGUGAGGUCCAGUAAAUUCCGCCAUGUCUACGGCCAGCCGGUCAAGGCCGACCAAUGUUACGAUGACAUCCGCGUUUCCCAGAUGACCUGGGAUGGGAAUUUCUGCUCAGUCAACCCCAAAUUCCUGGCCAUCGUGGUCGAAUCCAGUGGAGGAGGGGCCUUCCUGGUCUUACCCUUGUCCAAGACGGGCCGCCUGGAAAAGUCCCACCCGGUGGUCUCGGGGCACACGGCCCCAGUGCUGGACGUGGAGUGGUGCCCCCACAACGACCAUGUCAUUGCCAGCGGAUCCGAGGACUGCAGCGUUAUGGUCUGGGCAGUGCCCGAAGCUGGCCUCGUGAGGUCCUUGAACGAACCCCUGGUGACCCUCGAAGGCCACUCCAAGCGGGUGGGGAUUGUCACGUGGCACCCGACGGCGCAAAAUCUUCUGCUCAGCGCAGGUUGUGACAACGUAGUGACCGUCUGGGACGUGGGAGUCGGGCAGGCGUCAAUCUCGUUGGACGACCUGCACCCGGAUGCCAUCUACAGCACGGUUUGGAACCGGGACGGAUCUCUGCUCUGCACGGCCUGCCGGGACAAGCGUGUCCGGCUGUUUGACCCGCGGGCAGGGGGCAAAGUUGCCAAUCAAGUGAUGAAGCUCCUGAUCCCUUCUUGUUUGGCACAAGCAUCUGAAUGCAAACUGCUGACCACCGGCUUCAGCCGUAUGAGUGAGCGACAGGUGGCCCUGUGGGACCCGAGGAAUCCUGAGGAGCCGUUGACCCUCCAGGAGCUCGACACAAGCAGUGGGGUUCUGCUGCCUUACUAUGACCCAGACACCAAUGUGGUUUACCUGACUGGCAAGGGUGACAGCAGCAUUCGCUACUUCGAGCUCACAGGGGAGGCUCCCUUUGUGCACUAUCUCUCCAUGUUCAGCUCCAAGGAGUCCCAGCGAGGCGGGGGAUGGAUGCCCAAACGCGGGCUGGAGGUCAGCAAGUGUGAGAUUGCCAGGUUUUACAAGCUCCACGAGAGGAAAUGUGAACCCAUUGCUAUGACCGUGCCUCGUAAAGUAAGUCGAGAUUCCUGCUUUCUUUCGAGUCAGGUGUUCUAG